AUGUUCGAAGGGAAAUACACCACCAUGGGAAGUCGAUCGACCUUGCACCCUCGAGUCGUCAAGGCUCAGUUGAACCAUCAUCUUGCCGAUGUUAUGCCAGCAGUUCAGAAAGAAAUAGUCGACGCUUUCGAUGACAAUUUCCCCGCUUGUGACGAUUGGACCCGCGUUCCCGUAGUGGAUGUCCUCACCCAAAUCGUCGCGAGGGUGUCCAGCUGCAUGUUUGGUGGGACAACACUUUCUCGGAAUAGAGAAUGGGUUCAGUCAUCCAUCAACUUUGCAAUUGAUGGAUUCAUUGGUGCCCAAAAGCUGAAAAGCUAUCCCGAGAUUCUCAAACCACUGGCAGCGCGUUUCAUUCCCGAAAUUCGAAAGAUUGCGAACCACUACGCUGCCGCAGAGGCUGCGGCUAUUCCACUGCUUGAAGCCCGUCGACAAUCUGGUGAAAAGAUGACGGAUCUGUUGUAUUGGAUGGCUGAUCAGGCCAAUGACGAGGAGAGAGAUCCGAAGUUUCUUGCCAGCAUCUUACUCAAGGUUAGUUUCGCUGCCAUUCACACAAGUGCUGCAGCGCCUGCACAACUCAUCUACGACCUCUGUGAACGGCCCCAUAUCAUAGAGUCUCUCCGUCGGGAAAUAGAAGAUUGUACUGGCAGCAAUGGGUUUAUCGACAAGUUCGGCUUCCUCAAGAUGAACAUGAUGGACAGUUUCAUGAAAGAGAGUCAGAGGUUCAACCCGCUUCUUCUUAUAACCUUUGAACGCGUGGUUCACCGGCCAUUCAAGCUGUCUUCUGGUUUUGUUAUCCCGGCACAUACGACUAUCGGGAUUCCAACUCAUGCUAUUACAAUGGAUGAGUCGCUGUAUCCCAAUGCAAAGGUCUACGACCCCUUCCGGUUUUCCAAGCUGAGGGACUCGCAACCUGAUUUAGACGGGCGGGUGCAGUACGUUGCAUCAAAUCCUUCGUCGCUGAGUUUUGGUUAUGGACGACAUGCUUGUCCAGGACGGUUCUUUGCUGCGCAGGAAAUCAAGGCCAUUAUGGCUUACUUACUCUCCAAGUAUGACAUGCGAUUCUCGGACGGCCAAACUCGGCCUGAGAGUCUGAGGGCCGAGACGCAGUACUUACCAAACCCGGCGGCGACGAUUGAGUUCAGGAAAAGAGAAAUGCACCGAUAG